AUGGAUUUCACCGGCGGAGAAAUUUGCGCCGCCCAGGAAGAUUGGGACGCCAUUGUGCCCGCGCCACUAGACAGCGCCGUCAUGGAGGAGGACGAGAAGCGCGCGGGCUGCGGCUGCCUCCACCUCUUGCGACGCCUCUUCCCUAGGAAGAAGAAGAGCAAGAGGGCAAAAAGUAACCAAAGUAAAGUAAAUGUAAUAUUUGAAAGUAACGAGAUGAAGAAAGACGAGGAAGAGCAAACCGUGGAAGGCUACGAGCGUGUCACUCGCGCCAUUGUGCACGUUGACGCAGUGCAGGACGAGGGCGAGGAGCACACCGCGGAGGUCCAGGAGAAUGAAGAGGAGCUCAAAGUAGACUCCUCGGAAAGGAUUGAGCCAGAGGUACAGGGAGAGGUGCCCAGCGAGGGAGCAAAGGACCGGAAAGAGAAGGAAGGAGAGGUGAAGGCGACCACGGAGGGCUGGACAGUGGUCCGCAGCAAGAGAAGGCACAGGAAGGUGCAGGCGCUGCCUGCCGUGCCUGAGAGGAAGCCUGCCGUUGAAGAGCAGGCUCCUCGUCCCCCACAGGCUAAGGCAGCGCCUUGCAGAGAGGGGAAGAACGGGCCCGCGACACAGAGCGCGCGGCCCGCCGUGCCUGAGAAGAAGCCUGCCGCUAAGCAGCAGGCUCCUCGUGUCCCCAAGGCCGGGACCGCGCCUCGCAGAAAGAGGCAAGAAGGGUCUGGGACGCAGCGCGCGCCCAACAGCGUGCGCUGCUCUUGGGAGGAGAAGGCAGCGGAGGCCGCGGUGCCAGUGGCGCCUCCCAUGCGGCGCUGCAUUGUCGGGCCGCGCGGCGCCACCCUCCGGCAGGUCCACCAGCAGUUUGCUGGAGUGCGAGUGACGGUGCCGCCCCCCAAGGACACCGUCACCGCCACCGUCAGGGUGCGCGGCCCCCCGCGGCAGGUCGCCGCAGCCGUGGCGCACCUGAAGGGCCUGCUGCACGAGGCGGAGGUGAUCGAGGCCCGGGUGGCAGUGGCGCCACACCAGCGGCGUCACGUGGUGGGCCACCGCGGCGUCACCGUCAGGGAGCUGAAGCAGCAGUUCCCUGACGUGUCUGUGACGGUCCCUCCAGCAGGAGACCUCGAGUAA